UAUUCGCGAUUACACAAUCACCGAAUAUUCCACACCACUCGAUCUGAAUAAACCCUUGACCCUUCUAUACCUCUCGCCUGGAAAAAAAAAUUUUUUUUUAUUAUAUUUUUUUACCAAUUUAAAUUGGAAGCCCUCUUUUAUAUUGGCGUGCUGAUUCUAUUUAUGCCAAUUUCUCUUCCAAAACGAUUUCUUUUAGUAACCUCAGGAAUUUUAAUGGCUAUUUCCUCUUUCGGUUCAACUUUGUCGUCAUUAUCGUCGUCUUCUUUCCUUAAUUCGGUUCAGUUUGAUUUUGUCCAUCGUUUAUUCUCUUCAGAGUUCUAUUGUUUUCAGAUUCGUAGUCGACCUUGUAUCGUUUUUUGACAUAGAAUUAGUCAAUAAUCGGAGCAGCAUCUAAAGAUGGGACGGCGGAAUGCUCAGCGUAGAAACAUUGCGAUUUUGGAUACCGAUGACGAUGAUAAUAGUAGUGUCAGUUCGUCAUCGACUAAUACGGAUCGUAUGUCUGUGUCCGGCACCGAAGAAGUUCAGCUUGAUAAAGAUAGUAUACUAGAACAAGCUCUCGAUGCUUUAUAUGAGAAGAGGGGUGCUACGAGAGAGAAGGCGUUGGCAUCAAUUAUUGAGGCUUUCAAUAGCAAUUUGCAGCAUCAAUUUGUGGAGAAGAAAUUUGCUACUUUACUACAUCAGUGUCUUAGUUGCAUCAAAAAAGGGUCUAGCAAAGAGGUAGCUCUUGCAUCGCACACAAUUGGAUUGUUGGCUUUGACAGUGGGCUGUGGGGAUAGUUCCCGUGAAAUAUUGGAGGAUUCGGUUACUCCUAUUUCUCAGGCUCUUAAAUCUGGAUCUGAAUCCACAAAGAUAUCGCUAUUGGAGAGUUUGGCUGUUGUCACUUUUGUGGGUGGAAAUGAACCAGCAGAAACAGAACGGUCCAUGCAAAUCAUGUGGCAAUUGGUUCAUCCUAAAUUGGGCUCUAAUGUCGUUGCUGUCAAGCCUUCUGCACCUGUGAUAACAGCAGUAGUGUCUGCUUGGGCAUUUCUUUUAACAACCAUGGAUGGAUGGAAUCUUGAUCCCAAAAACUGGCAAGAGUGCAUUUCUUAUUUUUCUGGUCUUCUUGAUAAGGAUGACCGGACUGUACGCAUUGCAGCUGGCGAAGCACUAGCUUUAAUUUUUGAGAUGGGAAAUCUUGAAAAGUUCACUACUGAAGCUAAAGAUUCUAGUGAUAGCUUAGCUCCAGAAGGAAACAAAUCUCGGGAUAGAUUAAUGCAUAUCCAUGGAUUGAAAGCAAAAAUUCUCAAUCAAGUGAGAGAUCUUUCUGCAGAGGCAGGUGGCAAGGGAUCUAUUAAGAAAGAUCUUAAUAGCCAGCGGAACUUAUUUAAGGAUGUCUUGGAGUUUCUUGAGUAUGGUUAUUCCCCUGAAGUGUCGAUGAAGAUUGGAGGAGAUUCGCUACAGACUUCUUCAUGGUCUCAGCUUAUACGGUUGAACUUUUUAAAGCACUUUCUUGGUGGUGGUUUUGUAAAGCACAUGCAGGACAAUGAACUCCUUCAUGAAGUCUUUGGUUUCACGCCAAAGAAAAAAUAUCUUCAAGGUGUUGAACAUCAAAUGUCUAGUAGUGAAAAGAGGAUGUUCCGGUCCCCAAACUCAGUUCUCAAUAAAGCAAGGACUCAGUAUCUGAACAAGCAGCGGAUGUUAUCUAAGGAUAAAAAUGUUGGGCAUUUUGCAGUCAAUAAUGGUGAUGAAGAGGCGUGAGGUCUCCAAGAUAGGCUGCUGAAUAAACAUCUGCAGUAAUAGUUUAUAGGAUUAUGGGUUUAGCCUCCUAGAAUUUCAUUUUUGUGUUCUUGUGGACAAGGGUACCCUUCGGGGGCAAGGCUGGGUUGUCCAAAUUAUACCUGGAUUAAGUUUUAUUAUCAUCUGGUUAGAUUAUGAGCACAAAUGAGAAUAUUGUAUUUGUAAUGCUAUUGGUUAUUGUGCUAAAGAUAGAAUGUGAUGGACUGAGUUUUUUCAAAA